AUGAAGCUUUUUUCCGCUUUUUUUCUAGCUACCGCAGCUUCGGAUGAAGAGUCGAGAGUCGUUAUAGGAGGAGACUGCUUGAGUGUCAUAACAGAGCUUCAAGAAUUGAAUCCAAUCAAAAAUGGGUUUUGGAAUUGCAAGAAAAGAGUUGGUUUUCCGCCAUCGAAUGCUGGUUUUGAUGAUGCUGAAGCAAAACGCUGGGUUUGCAAUGGCUAUUGCAAUAACGAUGAGGAUGAUUUUGUCGGAGGCGAGCGACCAAUAAUCAACGCAAAUUGCCUCAGUCAAGAAUUUAUGCCACCUCGAUGA